CGCAGCAUCCUCAAACGUGAAUCGUCACAAUGCGGGUGAAGCGUGCAAAGGCCUAUCGCAAGCUGAUCCACCAGUAUCAAGUUACCUUUAACUUCCGGGAGCCCUAUCAGGUCCUUCUGGAUUCGCAGAUUCUUCAAGAUGCGGCGCGCUUCAAGAUGGACCUUGUCGGCCUGUUGGAGAGGACUCUCCAGGGCAAGGUCAAGCCCAUGAUCACGCAGUGCGACAUGCGGCACCUCUACAACGCCGAACCGAAGGAUCAAGCUCUGAUCCUCAAGGCGAAGGAGUAUGAACGGCGCCGCUGCAACCACCACGAGCUCGAGGACCCGCUUUCGACCCUCGAAUGCCUCUCCUCCGUCGUCGACCCAAAAAACAGUCUGACCAACAAAAACCGCUAUGUCGUGGCAUCCCAGGACCCCAAAGUGAGGGCACACAUGCGGGCCAUACCCGGCGUGCCGCUGAUCUACAUAAAUAAGAGCGUCGUGAUUCUGGAACCCAUGGCGGCAAGCACUCACAACCAUCGCGAACAAGGCGAGAAGGCGAAGUUCAAGGCGGGGCUCAAGGGCCGGAGAGGAGUAAAUCCGGGCCAAAAGAGGAAACGAGACGAAGCCGAGGAGGACAGCACUCAAGAGCAACACGGCAGUUCUAUUAUGGAGCGAUCUACAGGAGACGAUGGGCCUCAGAAGAAGAAGCGCACAAGGGGACCAAAAGGCCCGAAUCCGCUUAGUGUGAAGAAGCCGAAGAAGAGAGUUCAUCCGCCAGUCGAGCCUCACAGCAACGUUCCUGUCAAGCCAAAGAAAGCCGAGCCGGAGGCGCGCCGGCAGCAGGGCGUGGAGCCUGAAACGCCGAUUCAAGAAGGCGAAGAGUCGGCCAAGAGGAAGAGGCAACGGAAACACAAGCCAAAAAGUGAUAGUGGAGCCAGCAGUCAGAUGAAAGCUGAAGUCGAGUCGAAUACACCAUGAGGGACCCCGUUCAAUCCACGUCAAAGCUCCACUUCGCUGGACGGCCGUCUGAGCGCUCUCGCUCCGGGUCUUGAGUGUAUCGCCUUGCACGUCGGUAUGCUGAUAUAGCGGUCCAGAUUGUAUCAUCUCCAGAUUGCUCCUAUUAAUCUCUCAUGAACAUGAGAGGAGAUUUGAGGCAGGAGGCACCUCGAACAUCAGACCUUUUUGCCUUGCGCUAGAAGAUCUGAUACUUUCGGGGGGAGAACCAAUGCGCUGCGGUCGUUGCGUUUCACGAACUCCACAACGACCUCUGCAGUCCUCUCCGGCUGGUCUUCUUGAAGGAAAUGGCCGGCGGAGGGGAAGACUUGGAGCUGGAAUUUCCCUUGCAU